AUGGCAGGUUCCUGGCUGUCGGAAACGGUGGCUUUGGAGGAGGCAUCAGCUACGUUGACAUGGCUGCCGGUGUGCGUUACGACUUUGCUACCAUCUCGACUGACACCGGACACAACUCCUACUACCGGCAACAGCACCUGGGCGUACAGCCAGCCUAGUCGUGUUGAGAACUGGGGCCACCUAGCCAUGCACGGGUCCGUCGUUAGAAAGGAGAUCACUGCAGCGUACUACAAGCUGAACGCGACACAGAGCUACUACUUCGGAUGCUCUACUGGCGGUUGUCAAGGUCUGAAGGAGGCAAAGUUCUACCCCGAGGACUUCGGUGGUAUCGUCGCUGGUGCUCCUGCAUGGUGGGCAAACCACCUUCAGCCGUGGACUGUGCGCAUUGCACUGUAAAACCUCUCCACUACCGCAGAUUACCACAUUCCAG